UUCAGCUCAAAUGGAAUAUAUUUCUUUACAUCAACAGUACGGAGAAUAUGGACGCGUGAUUCACAGUUGGUGUACAAAAUAAUGGAUUUUCUUCUGAUAAACAUAUCAUGGAUAAUUCUGUUAAAAUUAGCAUCAACAACCCGUGAUAUCAACAUAACAAGUACGAUGAUAUCUCCAACAACAUUCAACGUAACGUGUUACUGGAAAGGUUCUACGCCAAACAUGAUUAUUUUCUUUCGCCACACAGGGACAUUGUCCAAUUCUGAUUUACGUGAAGAAAACGUCGAAUUUUAUUACUUCUUGCAAAUAAAUAACACUGAUCGAGUGUGUGACGUUAAAUCUUCCUUAACCUCAGAGUGCACGUGCGCCCUAGAUCAUGCGGUUAGAUGCAUAAUACAUAUUAAUCUGGUUGAUCAACAUAUUGAACAUUGGAAAUGCGCUAUACCCGUUGAUGAAAGCCUGGCUUACAGUAACAUUCUUAAUGUCACACACCGUGAACCCGCAAAAAUUAAAAGUUUUAAAGUGGACUUCUCGGCAAGUGUUUUUAAUGCAACCUUGAUAGAAAACACCAACGCAUCUCUGCGAUGUAAUGCUGUAGGCUAUCCGAAACCUAAUAUAAGCAUGUAUAAAGACGACCAAGCAACAGUAGGUAAAUACGAAGUCAGAUCGGAGAACAACAUCACAAGUGAACUAGACUACAAACUUACACCAGCUCUUCGAAACCAUUCAGGAAAAUAUGCGUGUGUGGCAUCUAACAAGCAUGGCAAAAAUCAACAAGAAUUAUAUGUGAAUGUAUUAUACCCACCAGUGGUUGUGAGACUUGAAGAUGAACUCAUAAAGGAAGGAGAGAUUUUAAACAAAUCUUGCAUCUACCAAUGCGGUAAUCCACAAGAGACGCAAGUACGAUGGACAAAAGCCGGAAGUUUCCUGUCACAUGGUGUAUUUCUUAUAAAGAAGGUAGCCAGAACAGAUGCGGGUAUCUACACGUGCAGUGCAAUAAACAGAUAUGAACAAGGACAAACGAACUUCACAGGCGUCGAUUCUCAGCAGUUCAACAUGCACGUUUUAUAUCAGCCACUUGUGCAUACAUUCUUUGUCGAAUCAUACAAUGAUACUUCAAAUGUAACAAUUUAUGAAAAUGACAGUGUCAUAUUUCACUGUGUUGGUGAAGGAUUACCUCCACCAGAAAUGAGGCUAUUAAAAGAUAGCAUAACACUGGAUGACUGUGACAAUGAACGUCAAAUAAACAUGUCUACUAGACUCCGAUGUGUUAUAAAGAGUGCAGGCAUCACUGAUAAUGGAAAAUACGCUUGUUUUGCAUCCAAUACGAUUGGAUUAGGUGGACGGGAAUUGACGUUGAAUAUACUAUAUCCGGUAAGAAGGGAUUUAACCCAAACAUCUGAUACAAGUAAUGGGAACCAAUUAACGGGUCAUAUUGAUGGAAACGUGCCUUUUACUUUUUUCGCUAUAGCAAACCCACUUCCGACCAUUUCUGAAAUUACCUUGCAAAAAUGCACGGACACUAGUCCAUGUACGGAAAUAACAACCAGUUCGCGCGUUUAUAUUGAUACGAACGGGAAAAACAUCAGCUUAAAGAUUGCCAAUAUUACGGAGUCAGAUUAUGGGAUGUAUAUUUUGCAAGUAGGCAAUGGAGUAGGUAAACGUCACACGGAAGUUUACUACCUCAAGCGACCAAUUGUACAGCUGUCUGAAGCAAAUCCUAGCGUGAAGUUAAUCGUCAUCUUUUCAGCGGGGGCAAGUGCAUCCGUGAUUAUUGCAAUUGUUGUCGUUGUCGUCUGUGUGUACCGACAUUACAUAAAGACCGCUUCAAUGGGGAAUGUCGGGAUUCAGAUGGUUGUCCCUACAACCUCUGCGAUUGAGGACGAUUCCCUUCAGUAUCAAACUUCUUCCUCAGAAUCUUCUGGUGAUCAGAGCGUGAUUUAUCAUGAAAUUGAUCCACGAUUAUCUUUGUUCGAGACAACCCUAGUAGAUGAUGGCGCUCUCAAUGCUCCACUGUCAUCAGCGGAAGCAUAUCAAUUUGAGGAUUUGGAUCGUACUGAGCAAAGUGGCGACCCGCAGUACAUUAGGGCAGUUGCCGAUUGACACUACAAUGAGUUUGGAUUUAAACCGUGUUCUCACUGUUCAUUAUAGCAUAGACUAAAAUAAAACUCGGACAAUUUUGAUUAUCAACAAUUUUUUCUGAACACAGUAUUCGACAAGCAACCUAUGAACAGAGGAAAUUGUGAUCUUGACUUUCAAGGCGACUCAUAAGAAAAUACAAAUCUACAUCUGUUAUAUUGUCGUGGACACACGAAAUUCUUGAUACUUAAAUAUACCACAUGUUAAAUAUGCUACACUAUUCGGCUCAUCGUGUAUGUUAAAUGACAUAUGUUUAUAUUCCUUAUAUGCAAUGUUUAACAAUUAUGACAAAUGUUGUUUGUACUCGCCGUACUUAAUACCGCACAUGCUUUUCUUAAUGUUGUUGAUAAUUAUUGGCAAUAUCCUUACGAUCAAUUAAUAUUUAUUUAUAACAUGUUGUUGUAUUAGUUUCCCUCAUAUGUGUACAUUAUAACUGUCUGUUAAAACAGGAUCCCCAUAUUGUUACAAGAUUUUAAAGACAUCGCAGUUGAGUCAGUCAUUGAUUGUUAACACACAGUAUCAGUGGUAUCUUUCAGAUGUAUUUUACUUCCGUUAGUGUACAUGAGUGUAUUAUUUAUAACUGCUAUAUCACGUACAAUAGAAUCUUGUUUUGCCUGAUGUUCUACAUUA